AUGUUUUUUUUCAAGGAUCUUUCGCUUAACAUUACUCUGCAUCCAUCAUUCUUUGGACCGCAAAUGAAGCAGUACCUGCGCACCAAACUGCUACAGGAGGUCGAGGGUACCUGUACGGGUAAAUUUGGCUACAUUUUGUGCGUUUUGGACUGCGAUAACGUUGAGAUAGAGAGGGGUAGAAUUCUGCCCGGCGAUGGUUCGGCAGAAUUCACUGUGAAGUACCGGGCGGUGGUUUGGAAGCCUUUCAAGGGAGAAGUAGUGGACGGUGUCGUUUCGAGCUGCACGAAUUUGGGGUUUGAGGUGGAUGUUGGUCCUCUUUCGGUGUUCGUAUCGCCGUUUUUGAUGCCAGAGGAUCUCGCUUACAACAGUGGUUCCAAUCCCCCAUCGUACCAGAGUUCAGAACAGAUUAUCACCAAAGGCUCAAGAGUCAGAUUAAAGGUGGUGGGUGCCAGAAGCGAAGUGAACUCAAUUUACGCCAUUGGCAGUAUCAAAGAAGACUACUUGGGUGUCAUAUGA